GGGAAACCGCGGCGGGUUCUUUUGGAUACUGAUUUUGACACUGAUCAUUUCUUUGCUCUACUGUUAUUCAUUCAUGAAUUCCAGUCAGUCUUGUGCCUUUGGAUGCAACAAACGCGAUUCCAGCAUAUGAGUUCUUUGAGGUGUUUGAACAGAGACAAGAGACGUACAAGGCACAGUACUGCUUCAAAUCCUAGAAAAUGGCCUGGGACACUUGGUUGGAUAAUCAAUUCUACUUAGUAAUUCAUCUUCUAGUUCCAAUCCCACUUCAAAAUGAAAAGAAGGAAUGUUG